AUGAGAGACUAUAAGCUAGUGGUACUAGGUGCUGGAGGUGUAGGGAAAUCAUGUUUAACAGUGCAAUUCGUCCAAGGAGUGUAUUUGGAUACCUAUGAUCCGACGAUCGAGGAUUCGUAUCGUAAAUCGAUGGAAAUAGACAAUAAGGUCUUUGACUUGGAGAUUUUGGACACGGCGGGUGUAGCUCAGUUUACUGCGAUGAGAGAGCUCUACAUUAAGUCUGGACUGGGGUUUUUGCUUGUAUACUCUGUGACAGAUCGACAAUCGCUGGAGGAACUGAUAGAAUUGCGGGAACAAGUUUUGCGCAUAAAAGACUCUUCAAGGGUUCCCAUGGUCCUAGUGGGCAAUAAAGCAGAUUUAGAGGACGAGAGAGUAAUUUCGGUCGAAGAAGGAAUUGAAAUGAGCAGCAAAUGGGGCAAAGUGCCUUUUUAUGAGACCAGUGCCUUGCUAAGGAGCAACGUAGAUGAAGUAUUCGUUGAUGUGGUGAGACAAAUCAUCAGGAAUGAAAUUGAGGCUCAAGGGUCAGGGCCAACGGCCAUGGGACACAUGUCGCGCAGAGAAACAGGUCUAACUUCGAGUCCUGGCCCUGGUAGUCCAAAAGGUUUCCAACCUAGCCAAGAUCCCUCGAACACUUCCAAUACACUCGACAAUCCAGGAGUAGUCAGACCGUUGUCACAAGGAAAGAACAAGAAACAGGAAACCAAACGUAAAAAAAGAAGAGCAAGAAUUCGUGUGUAA